AUGCGAAUAGACUCUUCCAACUUUAGCCCACAACGGCUUCUAGAAUUUUGGCAAAGCGGGUUGCAGAUGGUAGCUCUCAAUUUCCAAACUGCAGAUGUGGCUAUGGCUGUAAAUACUGCAAUGUUUGAACAGACCGGGAAUUGUGGAUAUAUCUUGAAGCCUAGAGCUUUGUGGGAUGCUAACCACCCUCUUUUUGGGAAAUUUAAUCCUUAUUCUAAGGAAAUUUCAUCGUGCCCAGCAAUCAUUCUUCAAUUAACUAUCAUUUCCGGACAAUAUGUCAGUCCAGGAUCGUUCUCAGCCAACCCAACCCUUGAAAUCGAAAUUAUCGGAGUCCCAGCUGAUUGUGUAAAAGAAAAAAGCAAAUCUUCUGGAUCAAGUAGUGGACGCAACUCUGUCAACCCUAUAUGGAAUCAUUCCUCUACUUUUCGAAUCGUUUUUGUUGAACUUGCUUUUUUACGGAUUUCUGUAUAUGAUGGGGACAAUGGAAAAUUGCUUAGUCAGAGGGUUGUUCCUGUAAGGUGUCUAAGACCUGGUUAUAGACACUUGCCGUUGAGGACACCGAAUAAUCAACCGUUGGAGCAAUCUCUACUUUUUAUACGUACUCGCUUCGAACAAGAAGAACAUAUCUAUCUUCACGAGGAAGAUCACCCCCUUCCUUACGGCGCUCCAUACUCCGCCCAACAUUCCCCUCACUCAGCAUGUUCAAACUCACAACCCCAUUCUGGUUCAAUCAGUAUGGGAACAAACAACAAUUAUGAGCCAGAAAUGCUUUACCAAGUUUUGAAAAUUGACCCUGAAGCGAACGUUAAGCCAUUGUUUAUUUUGAGACGGCAAAUCUUCAUUAUCAGAAUAUUGGGUCUUUUUCCAGAUGAUACAACCAGCGUUGUGGUCCAUGCCGAAUCAAGCAGCACCGUUCGUUCAGUAAUAGCAAAAGCUCUCUCCAACGCAGGCAAACAAGCAGAAAACCCAGAUGAUUAUAUUCUUUUCGAAGAGAAUAUUCCUUCUAUCCCAGUACCUCCAAACUCAACUUCCCCUUCUGCUUCAGCUUCAGCCACAGCAUUAUCUUCGGUUUAUCCAUUAGAUGCUUCUGCCAAUAUUUUUGGUCAACAACCACCUUCAACUAGUGAAACAACCACAAAUUUCUUCUCUACUUCGACUUCAAUAGACCAGGCAACGAAGCUACAUUCUCAAUCACAGCAUAGAAUAUUGCCGCAUAAUGAGCCUAUAUUAGAUGCUGUAAUGUGUUGGAAUGGGGCUUCUAGACGGUUCCAUUUGAGAAAGAAAAAUGUGGACCCCGCUACAGGUCGUUCCUCACUAUUCUCGGCAAUAAUGAAAGGAGGAGGAAUAUCCCAACAACAACAAUCUCAUCAAACACCCUUAGCUCCUCGAAAGUCUCUUGGUCAAGGAGCAGAGGAUGGUUCUGGUCAACGAACAAAAUCGCCAACUGGAGCGAUUAAUUUAACAUGUAGAUCGUCUGUUGACGUUAUCGAGCCAUCCGGGGCUCAUGCGGGAGAGAGUUUAGAGCCGGGAAUGCAUCCACGAGCUAAAUCUAUGGGGGAAACCUUCAUUGUUUGCAUUCACAAUAUUAGCGAUAACCAUCCUUAUGCUAUAUUGAGAACAAGGUGGAUAUUAACAUGA